CCCAUUGCCAACGUCGUAUCAAUCCUACAAACAAUGGAGAGCCUCGCUACCUGCACCCGCAACAACGCUCAGCUACAGCUCAGCUCCUUCAUCUCCCUCGAUGCCGACGAUGAAAUGGCCCAGCUCAUCCUCGAGGAAAUCUCGUACAUGCGUCGUUCAUUUACGGGUGUGGCAGCCGAGAUCGCCAGCUCUCCUUCCAGCGCACCCUCAACGGGACUUAAUGCCAUCUCGGAAGACGACGAAGAGGAGGAGGAUUAAACAGACUGCAUCUUACAUACCAACUAAUAGAGAACUACGCGAUCAGGGACCGAUGCAUCACACCGCCGGGACUUACGCACACCGUGCCGCAAAUAGGUUUCUGUCGAGCCCGCUCGUUGGGAGGACCAUGCCGGCCGGUGUCAGCGCACGUAGAGGGCAGGUAUAGCAAAAGACAACGCGGUAUUUAUUGGAGAACAAGGCGAUUUCUUUUCCAAUGUUGGAUAUCCAUAGCGCUUGCCUUUUCUACUGCGAUGUCGAACGCUCAAUGGCAUGAGUCGAUCAAGUAGUACUACGUAGAAUCACGUAGUACCUUAAAGUAGCACUUUAGACGUUUAAAAAAAGAGGAAUAC